AGAAGAAGAAGAAGACGGAAGUUGUUUCCUGCUGUCUCUAAUCCGGAGUUGAACCUGAGUCCGAGGACGAAAUGGCCUUGAGAGCUGCAUUGAGGAACAAAUGCGUGUUGUCAGGUCUUCUUUCCCAGCGAUCCUCCUGCAGCAGUCAUGGCAGAGUAUGUGCGUCUCCUGUCCUCGCUGCUCAGCGGAGGAACAACUCCACCUCGCCUAAAAUAGACGUGGAGUUUGACCAAAGCACGGGUGUGGCUGUGAUGCACCUGCAGAGUCCGCCAGUCAACAGCCUCAGUUUAGAGUUCCUCACAGAGCUUUCCAUCGGUGUGGAGAAGCUGGAGAUGGAUAAGAGCUGCCGAGGCCUCAUCAUCACCUCGAGCCAGCCCAAGGUGUUCUCAGCCGGGCUGGACAUCACGGAGAUGUACGGGAAGAGUCCAGAGCACUGUGGAGAGUUCUGGAGAGCCGUUCAGGAGAUGUGGCUGAACCUCUACGGCUCCAACAUGAUCACUAUAGCUGCAAUCAAUGGUUCCAGUCCUGCAGGCGGCUGUCUCAUGUCUCUGACGUGUGACUACAGGAUUAUGGCGGACAACCCGCGUUACAGCAUCGGCCUAAAUGAGACGCAGCUGGGCAUCGUGGCACCUUUCUGGUUUAUGGACACCAUGAAGAACACAUUGGGCCACAGAACCACAGAGGUGGCUCUUCAGUUGGGGCUGCUCUACAACCCGUCAGAGGCCCUGAAGAUAGGACUGGUGGACCAGCUGGUACCUGAAGACCAGAUCCUCACCACAGCCAAGCAGACCAUGACCAAGUGGUUGGCUAUUCCAGACCACGCCAGAGCGAUCACCAAGUCCAUGAUGAGGAAGCCAACCAUCGACAAGCUGACGUCCAACAGAGACGCCGACAUCAAACACUUUGUCAACUUCAUCACCAAAGACUCCAUUCAGAAGUCGCUGGGCAUGUAUAUGGAGAUGCUUAAAAAGAGAAGGGGCUAGAGGAGAGAGGGGAAACUAAUAGAAUGAUGCACUCAGUUGAAAAACGCAUUCAGUGUCACAUGUUCAUUUGUGUCAAUUGUGCUAAGAUGAUUGAGUACAGUUCCCUGCAGCAGCUCACCUUCACUGUUCAACCAGCAAGCUGGUGGAACACUCACCAUAAUAAGUCGUUUGUUUCACUCAUGUAGCAGAAAGGAACAACUGCAUUCUGUUGCUAACCCUGUGUUGGACAAUGACAAUAACUUAACCUUGAACCUUGACAGACACCAGUGAUUCAGUGACAUAAAUGUUUUCUUCACAUUUCUUUAAAGUAACAUAACAUUUCAAUUUACUGUCAAACCCUCUGUUUGUUUUGAGAUACAUUCAGUAAGCUAGUUAGCCGGACAUGCUAACAUUUGAAGACACUUGUAGCCAUUAUUAUUAUUUUUUAAGCUAAAGAAAUUCACUGCUCUGGUUUGUAGAGAAAUCCAAAACUUCAAAACCUACCACGCUGGGUUACGGUUGCUAAGCUGUGAUUGGAGAUUUGCUUUUUCGGGGGAGGGCUUUAGCGAACAGUCAGUUAUUGCCACGAACCGGUCUCCACUGAGUCCCGAGCAUUACUGUAACUUCAAGAACCAUAACUAACGAAAGUAACCCUGGGUGCAUUUGAACAGCCCACAGUGGGCGAUGCCUUUGUGACAGAUUUAUCUACAUAACGUGACUUUACUGCUUUUUAGCCUGAACAUUCUUAAGCAAUGGGAGUUUUUAUGUGGUCAGAGAAUUGAUUUGUGUGAUUUAAAGAAUAAAAAGACUGACUUUCAGUUCUGGCAGUUUACUUCAUCUUAAAAAAUGAUCCCCAUGGCCGCAUUGAGAAGUAAAGUAUCUUUCGAUUUGUCUUUGAGACAGUUGUACAACUAUUAUUAUUACUACCACUACUACUGUUGUCAUGAUACGCUGAUAGCUUCAGUUUUUUGUGCAACGUUUUUCGAUAUCUGCUACUACAGAUGCUGCCACUUGAUACAAUAAAGGUGCGUGGACUUCUGUU